GCAAGACACCAUGGAGGCAGGUCUAGUCGUCCUGCUCUUGUUCUCACUGUUGGGGAUUUCUUCGACGCUCAGCUUUCAUGGAGAUAGCAUUAGUUUCAUGCCUCCAAAAAAGAACGGGGAUGGGACAUUUAAGGUGACCUUUUAUCACAGACAGAACGGCAGAAGCAACUGUGAAGAUCAGUCUUCUUUCAAAUGUGAGAGUGGGGUGUGCACAAGCUUGGAUGAGUCCAGUGUGCUGCAAACGGACCAGGACAACUCCGGCCAGCGCAGGUGGUGCCAGUCUGAAGGGCACACAACAGCAACCAUCCGCACUAAUAAAACCUCCUUUUCUCUGAUGGACGCGGGCUGCUGCUGGGCGUCUAAUGUCGACGGGAAAACAAAUUGGACGUCUCACGCCGAGUUGGACCUGGGACGCCGAUCUGACUCACACGCCCUCAACGGCUGUCCCGUAACGACAACAGUGUCUAGUCUACGAUCGCCUCAGAACUGCUUUUCAGGGCUUCCUCUUCUGGCAUACGAUCCAGACGGAGAUCAUGUGAGGUGCCGCUUUGCUGCAAAGUCUACAGCUCCUGCAAACUUCACUAUGGAUGAGACUACGUGCACGCUGAAAACCACGGGUCAAGUCGGCAUCGGUGUCCACGUGUUUGAGCUGAUGCUGGAGGACUCUUCCAGGAAAAACAUCACGCUGACCUACGCAGAUGGAACAUCAGCAUUUCGGGAGGCCACCGACAUAAACUCGCCGCCUCUCUGCAAAGUGAAGCUGCAGUUCUCCAUGGAGAUCCUUCCUCCAAUACCAAACUGUGACGCUGGUCACGUGCAGCCCGUGUUCUUGUCCAGGACUCCUUCCCAUGGGGAUGUUCUUCACGCCACUGUGGGUCAGACAUUCCAGCUUUAUGCCCAAGCACAGGCACACCAUGCCAGCAUAAACGACUUCCAGGUGAGUGGCCCCCAGAACAUGAGCAAAGUGUUCAAUGACGAUACGUUUGGAAAAGCCGAUGUGACUCUGAGCUGGACGCCACAGCACAGCGACCUGUACAGAUCUGUCCCAGUGUGCUUCACUGCAGAGACAAAUCAAAGCCAAUCAGACAUGAGGUGUGUUGUUCUCAUGGUAACCCAAGCAGCUCUCAUUCAAGGCAAGGCCAGUGUCACAUGCUCACCCAACAAGAUGAUGGUGGCCCUGGAGAAAGCUUCCAUGCCCGACAUCGACGUGAACUUCCUCCAGCUGAGAGACUCGUCGUGCUCUCUCACCUCCAACGGCACGCACAUCUUAGGCAGCAUGUCAUUCAGCACCUGCGGCACAAAACUUGAGGACAAAGGCGACUUUCUCGUUUUUGUGAAUGAGAUCAACUCCUUCGAGCUGGCCAACGAGAUAAUAGUCCGAAGGAAGACAGUUAAGAUCGAAAUCUCUUGCAAGUUUCCCAAAACCGUCAGCAUCUCCAGUUACUACAAUCUCCAAAAUUCUGACUACGUUUUCACUGAGUCCAGCUUUGGCAGCUUUGGCUAUACUUUUGAUGUAUACACCAAUAGCAACUUUACAAGCAAAGUGCCAGCCAUCGCCUAUCCAGUGGAAGUCAAUUUGUUAGAAGAGAUUUAUAUGGGCAUUCGGGCUGAAUCGGAUCUACCAAAUGUGUCUUUGUUUGUCGAAUCAUGCAAAGCCACUCCUGAUGACAACCCUAACAACACCCUCUCCUAUGACCUCAUCAAGAACGGGUGUCUACUGGAUGAGACACUUAAAGUCCACCCAUCAAACCUGACUGCAUUCAACUUUGAGGUUCAAGCCUUCAAAUUUUCUGGAAACUAUAACGAGGUGUACGUCACCUGCUCUGUCAUCCUGUGCGAGGCUGGGAAUGCCUUUUCCAGAUGUGCCCAGGGUUGUGUGGCGCAGCCAGCCCGCAGACGCAAGCGAUCGCUGCACAAGGAGACAGUCAGCCACUCCAUAACCCAGGGUCCUUUUCAGUUUGUCGGGCAGGAAGAUAACAACAGUCUGAUGAAAAAGAGUGACACAACUGCUGCAGUGAACCCUCCACCAGUUUCUCCAGACACCAAAUCAAGCGGAGGACGUCGGGACUUUGCUCCUACAGUCUCCAGCGGAGGAGAUUGGGGAAUCAAGCAGAUCCUCAACACCAACAUCAGCACCGUGGUCUUUGGCUGCAUCUUCUCAGUAGCACUGGUGUUGAUGGCUGUGCUGGUUCAUUACUUCAUGAGGAAGAGAAAAGCAGACGACCAAAAAUCUCUCUUAGGUUCCGGCUGGGAGAACUAAAACCCAACUCAUUUAAUACCGUGCUGUUUUACACAGCAUGUAUGUUUUAAGUUAUAUUUUGGUAAAGGAUAGGUUCAGAUUCUUAAAACAAUACUCAUGCAGUGAUUCUCAAACUGGGUCUGCCUUUAAAUCUAUAAUAGUUCAUAGAUUACUUCCUAAUCUAACAAAUCUAUAACUUGCGCUACACAAAAAAAUCUGUAAUACAUGUCGAAUAGCUUUCAAAUACAUUUCUAUUGUGUUGUUCUUUCACGUAAUUAACACUAUAGCAGUGUAAAUAAUACCCUCAAAAUAUUCCAAGGGACAUACAUGAGGGUAGCCCCCAUCCUUGGUUAAAAAAAGAUUGACAACCUCUGCCCAAAUGUACAUUCAUUCAUCAUCCCUCCUGAUCACACUGGCCACUGAAUAGAUCCCUAACAUUUUUUCAAUUGAAGAGAUAGGGAACAAAGUCCACAAGUCCAGUAUGUAUGUAUGUGUGUAUAUAUAUAUAUAUAUAUAUAUAUAUAUGCAUAUGCAGUGGACUGCACACUUUGCACUAAAAUAGCUUUACAAUACAAUAACUUAGAUACUAAGAUACUCAACUGAUUUAUUCAACAGCCUUAGAAAGGGUUUUCUUACUCGACUGGCCAGAAUGAACGGAAGGAAUUAUUACAUUAAGCAACACCUUGUUUCAAUGUUCAUAUCAACACAUGACUAUUGUUUUAAGACAUAUUUGAAAAAUUGGGAACCUAUCCUUCAAAGAGUUAUGCUUCUGAAGUUGAUAAAAGUGUUUGGACGAAGUUUCUGGUCCCUCUAUACUGUCUACUGCCAAAUAAAGGCACAAGCCAUAAAAAAUGAUCUCAAUCAAUGCCCCCCA